UAACAAAUUUAUCAUUUCAAAAUUAUUUGUGAUGGCUUCCUGACAAAACUAUCCCAAGAGGGGAUGUCCCUGAUUGCAACCAAGGAACCCAGCCAACAAUCAAAAAGAUGUUAAUGCUCAUUUCAUCACAUGCGGGAAGGACUUUGAAUCAUAUACCUCGUGCCAUUUCCGGGGCGUUUAGAGCAUUAUUGAAUCCUGCAGUUUCACAGAGAAAUAACUUCAAAAUGGCUACAGAGAGUGAUCAAAGAUGGAACUCGGAUGUGGCCGCUCUUCGUGAAGAAAUCUCGAAGGCGAAACAUAUCGUAUUCAUGACUGGAGCUGGAGCCAGUGCCGAGAGCGGAGUCCCAACUUUCCGAGGAGCGGGAGGUUUCUGGCGAAAAUGGCAAGCGCAACAACUGGCUACUCCAGAGGCAUUUGAGUCAAACCCUUCACUGGUUUGGGAGUUCUACCAUUACAGACGGGAAGUGAUGAUAACUAAACAUCCAAACAAGGGUCACAUUGCUAUUGCCGAUUUUGAGAAGCGACUCAGUAACCAGGAACGCAGAGUUUCAGUCAUCACCCAAAAUAUAGAUGAGCUUCAUCGGCAAGCAGGUUCAGCUAAUGUCAUUGAGAUGCAUGGUUCCCUCUUUAAAACUCGUUGUCUGAAAUGUCACCAUGUUAAAGAGGAUAGGAACAGUCCUAUUGUGCCUGCAUUGGCUGAUAGAGGAGAGCCUGAUGCUGAUGCAGAUUCAUCUCGAAUACCUGAAGAACAGUUACCAAGAUGCUCUCAGCCAGACUGUGAUUCUAUGGUGCGCCCUCAUGUGGUCUGGUUUGGUGAAUCACUAGAUGGGGUCAACUUGACAGCAAUCGAUGAGGAACUGGAUACUUGUGACAUGUUCUUGGUGGUGGGCACAUCCUCAGUAGUCUACCCAGCUGCUAUGUAUGCACCUAUGAUGGCUGAGAGAAACAUCACGGUUGCUGAAUUCAAUCCCGAGGAGACUCCCGCCACCGACAUCUCCACGUACCAUUUCCACGGACCAUCAGGUAACUUCCUCCCAGAAAUCCUUGCCAGACAUCCAAGUGAGCCAGCAGAAUGACGGAGCCAAGCAAGAGACUGGUACCAACUCUUAUACACUACGCACAAAACAUGUUUUGCUGAUGUUGAAAGGGUUCCAUGUGGAUAUAGGUCUACUGUAUUAAAAAUAUGAGCUUCAAAUAUUACAUCUAUAAAGAGAUAAUGCAAUUUAAAUGCAUUCUCCGUGAGUAGACUUCUUGUUGAGUGUACUAGUUAAUGAUUGCGUAAAAACCUGCAGAGAAUAGUCGCACUUGGGUUCCGUGUGAGCCCUAUACGCAGGGUUUAAUGUUAUCAUUUAUUUUCUUCAUAUUCCUCAACCAUUUAGCUAUAUACCUAUAGAAUGCCGGGUAGAGACUUUUUUGGUUGAUUUUAUACAUUCUAACUGUACAUGUAGGCCUAGUAUAUUUUAGGUGAUUGGUACACUAGGAAAAUCCAACCUUGAUAGCAAACUACUCUAGAUGAAAGCAGAAAAAUCUGAGAGGCAGAAUGGAGAAAGUUUGAAUGUAAUUGGACAAAAAAUUAGAAAGUAUGGAUUUUUAAAUGUUGUAUCACUAUACAGUAUAGAUAUGGGCUCUUCAAAUUGGCUGAAUCAAUAAUCUCUCUGAUGUAGUGGUGGACAACUUUCUCAUUUGAUAGACUUGUUUUAAGUCUAAGGACAUACACCACAAAAGUGCACUUGAUACUGGUAGAUU